CAAAAAAAAAAAAGAAAUCAAAGGAAUUCGAUUAUUGGUGGCACAAAUUCAGAACGCACACACAGCUUCAAUUUUGAUUAUUCAUACUGGUCUUAUAAUAAAGAGGAUAGCCAUUUUGCCAGUCAAAAGAAGGUCUAUGAGGAUCUUGGAGUAGAAAUGCUCGAUCACGCAUUUGAAGGGUACAAUGUGUGUAUAAUUGCAUAUGGGCAAACGGGUAGUGGUAAAAGUUAUACAAUGAUGGGAAAACCAAAUGAUGAUAACGAGAUGGGUAUUAUACCUCGAUUAUGCAAAAAUCUUUUUCAACGAAUUCACGAAAAUGCAGAUGUUAAUGUAAAAUAUUCUGUUGAGGUAUCCUACAUGGAGAUAUAUUGUGAACGGGUACGAGACUUGUUAAAUCCGUCAAGUGGCGGAAACUUACGAGUUCGUGAACAUCCGUUACUUGGCCCCUAUGUGGAUGAUUUAACAAAAUUGGCUGUAUGCUCAUACCAAGACAUUAGUGACUUGAUGGACGAAGGAAAUAAGGCUAGAACUGUCGCUGCGACUAACAUGAAUUCAACUUCAAGCCGUUCUCAUGCUGUAUUCACCAUCGUUUUAACUCAAAACCGUCAUGAUGUUGAUACUAAUUUAGACUGUCAAAAAGUUAGCAAAAUUUCUUUAGUAGAUUUGGCAGGAAGUGAACGAGCGACUUCAACAGGAGCUGAAGGUCAACGACUGAAAGAAGGGGUUACUUCUUUUGCACGCUACCCUCAAUUAAUUACUGUCAACAUGAUUUUAUUAGCUAGCAAGAAACGUAGUAAGGGUAGAAUAGUUAUUCCAUAUCGCGACUCUGUUCUUACCUGGCUUCUCAGAGAAAACCUUGGCGGCAACUCGAAAACGGCUAUGAUUGCUGCCCUAUCCCCGGCCGAUGUAAACUAUGACGAAACUUUGAGCACCUUACGAUACGCCGAUCGAGCAAAGCAGAUAAUGUGUCAAGCAAAAGUGAACGAAGAUCCAAAUGCGAAAUUGAUACGCGAACUCAAAAGCGAAGUCAAUAAGUUGCGGAACCUCCUUCAAAGUAAAGGCAUUGAUAUAUCAGAAGUUGAAGACCCAUCGAAGCAGAAAGCUCAUUAUUCAGCUCGUGAUCACGACACUAUAGAGCAGCUUAAAGCUUCUGAGAAGUUGAUUGCUGAAUUAAAUGAAACUUGGGAGGAGAAGCUGAAGAAGACAGAAGAAAUACGCCGGCAAAGAGAGGAGGAACUUCGGGAAAUGGGUCUGGCAACGAGCGAGGAUGGAAGCACUUUAGGGGUGUUUUCUCCAAAGAAGUUGCCUCACUUGGUCAACUUAAACGAGGAUCCUCUAAUGUCUGAGUGUCUUCUUUACUAUCUUAAGGAAGGCGUCACAAGGGUUGGACGGCCAGAGGCCACUGAAAGGCCUGAUAUAUUAUUAAGUGGGCAGCUGAUAUUGGACAAACAUUGUGAAUUUAUCAAUGAAGACGGCACCGUUAGCUUGAUCCCACAUCAGAACGCGCAGUGUUUUGUUAACGGCAAACCAGUCACCACCCGAACUGUUUUGCACACAGGAUCUCGAGUCAUUCUUGGCAAAUACCAUGUCUUUCGCUAUAACGACCCACAAGAAGCACGACAAAGUCGGCACAAUCUUGCGGCUGCGGCUAAUGAACCGAUUGACUGGAAAUAUGCUCAACAAGAACUCUUGGAAAAACAAGGAAUUGAUUUGAAAGCUGAAAUGGAGAAGAAACUGUUGGAAAUGGAGUCGCAGUACAGACGUGAGAAAGAGAAAUUAGAAUUAGAAAUGCUCAAACAAACUAAGGAAUAUGAAAUGAGAAUUGAAACCUUACAAAGACAAGUUGACUUAGCGCAAAGCAUGGUAUCUUCAACGUGUUCCACAUGGGAUGGUGAAAGAUUCCUAACAUCUAGCAUGCUGGCCUUCGUUAUUUUUUCACCUAAAAAAUCCUCGUUGAAGUGCACAAAGAGGAAGCGUAUUGCUCGUCGAACUUUCACAAAAUGGCGAUACCAUCAGUUUACUUCAGUUAGAGAUGAUCUUUGGGGUAACGCAAUAUUCCUAAAGGAAGCAAAUGCUAUUUCUAUAGAACUGAAAAAGAAGGUGCAAUUCCAAUUUGUAUUGCUCACCGACACCAUGUACAGUCCAUUACCGCCCGACCUUUUACCACUAGGCGAAGAUAUAACCUUACGUCCUUAUCCAAAAACAGCUGUUGCUGUUCAAGUUCAGGAUCUUAAAAAUGGAGCAACGCAUUACUGGAGUAUUGAAAAGCUGAGAAGAAGGCUCGAGGAGAUGCGUUAUCAUUACAACGCUGAUAUAAGUGAAGCUUGCACCCCAGAUAGUCCGCAGAUGGAGCUACCGCAGAAUUGGCUGAAUACCGUCAAUCAUGCAACGCGUCUGAUUCCUGACAGAAAACGUCUCGAAUCAAUGAGAGAGAUGUAUGAAGUGGAGCCAGAUUCUAGUCCUGGCAGCCCGGACGACCCUAUGAUGGAGGCUUUGUUGGGUUCUGAUCCCUUUUACGACAGAUUUCCGUGGUUUCGCAUGAUCGGAAGAGCGUUUGUCUAUCUUAACAAUCUGAUGUACAACGUCUUUCUUGUGCACAAAGUUGUGAUUGUGAAUGAACGGGGCGAAGUUAUGGGACAUUUACGAGUCGCUAUUGAACCAGUGACGACAGAAAUGCGGAAAGUUGAACAGUCAAUUAAAUGUUCAUUCAAUGAGGAUGAUUUUAAAUCACAGAUCAGAAAAGAGCAAUGUGACGCUAAUUUGAAUGGAAACGAUUAUUCAAAUAUGGAAGGCAAAGAAUAUUGUUUCCGCAUUAAAGUGGUACAGGCAAUGGACAUAUCUGAAGAGUAUACUGACGUAUUCUGCCAAUUCAAUUUUCUGCAUCGACAUGAUGAGGCAUUUUCAACGGAACCAAUGAAAAAUUCGUCUAGAACACCACUUUUAUUCAAUCAUGUUCAGAACGUUUGUGUUGAGGUAUCGCCUACAUUUAUCUAUUACAUCAAUCACUUUCCAAUAAUAUUUGAAAUAUUUGGUCAUUAUCGCCCGCUGAAAAACUGCUCUCCACAGAAGCGCCAUUGGUCUUUACAAAGAAAAAUGUCAGCAAAACUUUCUUUUCAACAACCGUCACUGAUCAUAUCAACGCCAGUAAAAAGCAAAAAAGCGAUUGUUACAACAAACAACGCAAAUCAAAUUCAUUCCAAAUACGACCUGUUAGUAUGGUUUGAAAUUUGCGAAUUGGCUAACAAUGGUGAAUAUGUACCAGCAAUUGUGGAUCAUGCACAAGGAUUACCAACACAUGGAGUAUUUCUGUUACAUCAAGGUAUACAGCGUCGUAUAAAAAUUACACUGUGCCACGAAAAGGGUGAUGAUUUGAGAUGGAGAGAUUGCCAGGAACUUGUUGUUGGCAGAAUUCGAUCGACACCUGAAUGGGCUGGAGAAGACGUCGAUGUACUGUCGUUAGGGUUGUUUCCGGGGACUUACCUUGAAUUUGCCACAGACGACAGGGUAUUCUUUCAAUUUGAAGCAGCUUGGGAUAGUUCACUGCACAACUCACCGUUAUUAAACCGAGUGACGAACUAUGGUGAACAGGUCUAUAUGACAAUGUCAGCAUACAUACAAAUUGAGAACAGUUCGGAAUCUGCUGUUAUAACGAAAGAUUUAUGUUUAAUGAUAUACGCUAGGGAUUCAAAAAUAUCAGCUGCUAGCAGAUUUUGUCGUUCUUUAAUUGGUGGUAUUAGCAAAAGUCCAGAAAUGAAUCGUGUGCCCGGGGUUUAUGAACUGACCAUGAAAGAGUCGUUGGAUAUUGGGGCUAUUCGAAGGCAGAGGAGAGUGUUGGACACUUCGUCUGCGUACGUGCGAGGUGAGGAAAAUUUAGGCUUAUGGCGCCCUCGAGGCGAUUCCUUGAUUUUCGAACAUCAAUGGGAACUGGAGAAAUUGACCCGCUUACAGCAGGUGGAACGAGUCCGUCUCUUUUUACGCCUUAGACAGUGUCUGAAAGGCAAAAAGACAAAAGAUGACGGCGAGAUCAAAACUCCGUUGUCUCCAACAAAGCCAAAAUGGCCUAUACCAUUUAAAGUGGAGCUGUCUGAACGAGAAGCGAGCAUUGCACAAAAAGUUAUACAGCUGAUAAAACGCAAAGUUCCAAUGAACAAAGAGCCACCAACAGGAAAGUUGUCUACGUUAAAGAUGUGUAUGACAUAUUGCAGGAAUCUGAUGACCACAUCAACCUCAGUAGAACAGUUGAGUAAAGUCAGGUCGAAAUCAAAUCAAAAUUUGAUUCUUAGUCCAGAUAGCUGCGAUGUGGAUAGUGGUAUGAAACGUUCUAUGAGCGUUAAUGAGCAACGAGUCGGUAUUGUUGUAUCUAAGAAAGGAUAUAUGAAUUUUCUGGAAGAAAAAACACAAGGAUGGGUAAAACGUUGGGUAGUGGUGAGGCGGCCGUAUAUUCUUUUGUUCCGUGACGACAGAGAUUUGGUGAUUCGUGGCAUAAUAAAUUUGGCAAAUGCAAGAAUUGAGUAUUCAGAAGACCAACAGGCAAUGCUUCGUGUACCGAAUACAUUUUCUAUGUACGAAUGGCUUUAUGCAAUAAAUCCGUUAUUAGCCGGACAGCUAAAGUCAAGGAAAAUUGGGAAAAUGUUGAAGCAACCAACCAAAAACAAAUAA